AUGCGGCGCUGGGUCUCCCUCGGCGGUUGGUGUGGCCCCGGCCUCAUGCUUUCCAAAUUGGGCAUCCGCCCUGUGAAAGAACAGCUGCCGUUUGACAUGGCGCGGUGCAGCUUCGACGGUGUCAUGGAAUUCACUCGGAAGGGUUUUGAUAGCGGCUUCUUUCCCGGCCCUCUGCAGCAGCGUCCCUUCACUCCCGAUCCGGCCUCCAUAUGGCUGCUCUUCCGAGGCCAGCACACCUGCAUUACACACUUUGACAUUAACGCGGAUGGAGUUGUACAGGAGUUUUUGCGGCGAUUUCAGGACUGGGAAAGGAUGAUUACGUGUCCUACCCGUCCAGUAACCUUCUUGCGUACUUGCAUAGCUGAAAAUGCGAGCGACGAAGUAGAACUAGUGCCCCAGUGGCACGCAAUACUUCGAGAGAAAAGCGCAGGAAGACUUGACUUUCGUACCGUGAUGGUGGUGCAUGAUCAAGGACACAUCACAGAGCCGGUGGCGUCGUUUGCCAGAGAAGAUGCUGCAGGAUUUCCUUGUGUGGUGUGGAACCUUGCUUUUGACAAGCAACUCCCCGUGGAGUCCUCCCUCUUCGAUAAAUGUCACGACGCUUAUGCGCAGAUUAUUAAAGAGAUGAAUAGGGAUGAGGCGUGGUGCUUGAGCACUUUGCCACUGCGGCUGGCUUCGCCGAAGCCGUACAAGAACCUCUGUCGUGUGGAGGGUGUCCCGGCGCUUCGUGGUUCAUGCACGGGGUUCGGUACGACACAUGCUGCGGCCUUGGGACGUUGCCUGUAUUGCGGUUCCACCGACGGGCAUGCGGUGGUUCGUGAUGCCUUUGACAGCAGGCAACCGUGGGGCGACGCAGAGGACGCGACGCUGCUCACAAAAUGGGUCGCAAACAACGGAGACGAGGUGGCCGCUGUCGAGGCCUCAGCAAUGGAGCUUAAACGUGGUGCUAACGAGGUCCUGCUUCGGCUGCGACAGCUUGUCCGCGGCUAG